AUGCCACGCACUUGCAAUUGUGGCGAAAAUCGGCCUCUUUCAAAUGCACCGAAUAACAAUAUGCAAAUCCAAACUGGACCAAGUUUUACUACCGCCUCUAUUGCCUCCGGCACUACGGAUGAUACGGGCAUUGAAUCCUCCAGCUUGGCAGCUUCGCCAAUAUUGCCAACUUUGUCGGCCCUCCAGUUUGGAGAACAGCCCUACCGUCCACCGAGGCGUUCUUUUAAAGCCCAUGACAAAUGGACUAUUCAGGAUAAGACACAGCCUCCUCCGCUUCCCCCAAAGCGUUCCAUCGUCAUCCCUCCCAUUCCUCCCAAGCACCCUUCAUCUGUUCCUGCCCUUCAUUCCAGCCCUUUUAUUCCUUCAGAUUCUCAUUCAAGCUCUCUUCUGAAUGAUCCUUCUGUGGGCUCCAGUCAGCUACCAAAGGAACUUUUGUAUCAAUCAAAUUUGGCUGUUCCUUCGUGCCGAAAUCGACAUUUGUCUUCCACCCUAGAAAGCGUCAAUAAUACUUCUGCCUUAGAGGCCAGGGAUUUUAAGGAACCAUUUAGUGUGCCUGAUGUGACUCGUUUUAAUAUCACCCAUCGAGGUAUUAAUCCAUCAAAUCAUGCAUCAUUUUCUCUCCAACCGCCGCGACCUUACGUUCCCCAACACGCCAUCGAGUCUAGAAAUGCAUUUAGUCAUUCCCACAAGAAUGGAGUAAAUCGUUCUGGUGGUCCUCAAUCAGCUGACUGCGCAACCAAACCUCUUCCUCCGAUUCCCCCUUCGGUCAAGGUUGUCUAUCGAACCGAUGGUCCACUUCCUUUUUGUCAUUCAAAUGAAAAGUCUGGU